UAGGGCGAGCAUCAUCGUAAUGAAGAUCUCAACAACGAUAUGCAACAGGGCUAAUGAUACCCGACUUAUAUUAUGCAUGUGGCUAAGCGUACCUGCAUUCUCCGAAAUAUACGUAAAACACCUCUGGGCUUUGCUCGUUCGGCAUGUAUUGUUGCUAUUAUUAUGAUAACUCCCUCUAGGUAUUAACUCAAGUGUCAAAUCAGUCAAGUCAAUAUGUCACACACUAUUUUGUCGAUAGGUACUGCACAUUGGUUGUCGAUGGUUUGUAGCGACGGUCUUCACUGGCUUCCUUUUGCUUCCUUCAAGGCACCUAGAAUUAACAGUGUAUGGAGUUGCCAGGUAGGAUCAAUGCGAAUAAUGUGCACCUUACACAUAGCCUGACAGAAACUUGAACUUGAGCGUGAGAACGAGCUCCGUAUUGCAUCUUGCAUCGACAACCUGCUGCCAGUGUGCACUUAACCAAGGUUUAACUCCGAUAUCGCCGAAUCGGUACUUGGGGUCCGCCAACCUGCUACGGCGACAUCAGAUGGCGAUUCCAUCAUCUUCAUCAUCAACUUGAGUGACCGACAUCCUUUUGGUUGACGGCAGGAAUCGCUGUCAACGCGGCUUUAAGAACCUACGUGGCCGAACACGCGAUGCCCGAUAAACGUAAACGUGCUCCCACAGAUAAUGCUUCGCGAUCGCGAGCACUGAAGAGAUCCCGCCACACCGCCGCUCCCGAUCUCCUGUCGCCUUUGUCCGACGAGCUGCUUGUGCGCAUCCUGUCGUUUCUGCCGCUCCACGACCUCUUGAACCUCGCCCCUGUAUCAGAUCGCUUUUACCAUUUAUCAGGCGACUCUCAGAUCUGGAAGCGCUUGUAUUACUCGCGAUUCGUCCUACCCCGCGCCCUUCGUCUCCCCGGCUUUCGCAACGGCUCGGCUAGAGAUGGCAAGCUACAUUACUCUUCACGUCGGGCCAUAUGGGCGGAUGGCCGGAGAGGAGGCUGGGUUGACAUGCACUCUACCGACGGUCCUGGCAAGGACAGUCGCAACUGGAAGAGCCAGUACAAGCUGCGUCACAACUGGGCCAAAGGGCAGUGCGCUGUGGAAGAGCUGCCACUUGGAGAUGAACCUGGGAGUCGAGAUAUGAGCGAAUCCCCCAAAGUACUUGUCAAAGUGCUGGAGGGGAUUGCGGUGACAGGGGAUGCAAUUACCGGUCUUCGCGCAUGGGAUUUGAAGACGAAACAGCUCAUAGCUCAGACUCAUCUCGAUGGGGACAACUGCUGCGGGUUGCCAAAUUGCAUGGCGCUAGAUGGCCGGUUCCUGCAGCACAAGAGAUUGGAUAUCGCCGUUGGAUUCGCGGACGGUAGCUUUGGUACAUGGCGAUUACAUCUUGAACAAAGGUCUAUUCUCCAGAGAUAUAGACAUGAGGCUUCGAGCAAUGGCGAAAUCAUUGAGGUCGCAUACAUGUACCCCUAUCUCCUAACUGCGACUAGGUCUAUCCUAAUAUCUCUAUACACAUUUGAAGUGUCGAAUCUUCCGAAUCAACCGCGGCAUGGUGUUAAGACACAUGGCCCGAUAGAGAGGGGCCCGCAGAGCGAGAUCAUGCGAGAAUCGCGCGCGGAAAUGAAUGUAACAACUGGCACCAACACAAACAAUACACAAGGCGAAAAGAACAAUAAUUCCAAGACGGAAAUGUCUGCGCCAUAUCUACUCACGUCGCUGAAUUCACACACCUCUCAUACACCUCUUGCAUUAUCUCUAAGGGAAAUGACUGGGAGUACAGUCGCAUCGAUAGCAUACACUUUUUCCACCCUCGGGGGUUGGUCGUUGGGCAUUCAAGAAUUACAUAUACGUCCUGCAAAGUCGGGGCUGGAGUCGUGUCCUGAGAUCACAACGACACAGCUAGCAUACACCACCCCAGUCAACGGCUCAUAUAGACACACGAUUUCGCCGCCUUCAUCGCCGGCUAGGCAGAUACGCUCUGGUGUCGCGUCUGAUGGAGAACGGGAACGGGACGAUGAACUGAGUGGGCCAAUAAGCCUCUCUUACAUGCACCCUUACCUACUUGCGACCCUGCCUGACAACACAUUGAUAUUGCACCUAUGCACAUCUAGCUCAUCAUCACUAUCUGUAUCUCCAGGCAUUCGGCUUUGGGGUCAUACGUCAGGCAUAAGCGACGCCGAAAUAACGGCACGAGGCAAGGCAGUCAGUGUAAGCUGUCGGGGUGAAGAGAUUCGGGUAUGGGAGUUAGAAGGACGAACCAACGGACGAAGCAUUGAGAUUCGACCCAAUACAAAGCCUACAGGCGAGGUUGCUGUAUUACAAGAUAUACUUCCAGAGCAAAUGAACACCGAGUGGGACGAUCGGCGCAAUUGGGUCGGGUUUGACGAUGAAAUGGUCAUUGUCCUGAAGGAAUCUAAAGGUAGAGAAAGUCUUUUGGUUUACGAUUUUACAUGAACAUAGAGAUACCCAAUAUAUACUGAGUUAAAUAGAUGCGACUUGGUAAAACAAGAAGGACAAGAUGAAUAAAAUAUGGAUACAAGCUUGACUGAAUAGGCAGUUUAUUGCUGCCCAAAGCUGAGCCGCGUGGUCGUGCUGUAUUAGAACAUGCCGUGAACCCGGCAAUGUAGACGAAAAGGCGAUAUCCAGAUGAACUCAUC